GUGUGUAGCUCUUGAAAUGAAAGGGACAUGUUUGUUUGACUAGCCUUAUACUUUGCUUUGACAGUCUGCCAACGUUUUAUAAAGUUGAGAGAUUAGUUGUGUGGUUAACACAGUACGUUCGAUCCACCUUUGGUAUUUUGCUUGCAGCCAUUUUUGUUUUAUUUUAAGUGAUUGUUUUUUAUCUUGGUAGUGUUUAUUUACAAUAAUUCUUUAAGAUCAAGACUUGUCUUGUCCUUAUAGCUGUCAGGCAGACUAUUUCUAGUGAUUCAAUAGGAAGUCAGAUCGACCGAAGGGCGGGGUUUGUUGAAAGGAAAAAGGUACGGAGAAUUAGGUUAUGUGUGUACAAUUUGUAUGUGUAAAGGAAUAAAAAGACAGCAAGGCUUUGAACAAUAUAAGUGUUUCAGAGAACUACAGGAGAUGGAUGAAGAUGCAGUCACAGAAUCUGAAUCAGAAUGGAACCCAGAGAGCAGUUCAAGUUUUGAUUGGAGUGAGGAUGAAGGAAAGAAAAGACAACGAUGGAAAAAAAGAACGUUGAAAACACGAAGUUGUAACGUGAGUGAGCAGACAGGAACAACAUUGGUCAAGAAAAGAGGAGCCACGAGUAAAAGUUGUGAGAAUGCCAGCCAGUCUUUGGAAGAACAGAUUGAAAACGAUUCUCAACUUCUUGUUACAUGCGGGAAUAAAGAGGGUUGCCUGGAUCUGGAGAAAUUUGGUAAAAUUUGUGUGUCUUCAGAGGAGAAUUGCAUCUUUAGUAAAGGGCGGUGGUUCAAACCCACAGAAUUUGAGAAGUUUGGAGGAAAAGAGAAAAACAAGAAGUGGAAGUACAGCAUCCUUUGUUGCGGUGUCCCACUCCAGAAACUCAUAGAGGAUAAACGUAUUUUAACCCCAAACUUUAAGAAAAGUAGAAUUCAAGUUGAACAGAGUAAUGGUUCACCUGGCAGACUCCGGGGAAUGAAGAGGAAUUCUUUUAAAUCCUCACGUGCUGCUCCUACAACCUCACGUGCUGCUGACAGAGCCAGAGAAACAAAGUCCAGGAAAAAGCGGUUUCCCUCCAGCUCUGAAUCAGAAAGAAAGUAUAAUGGCCACCAUGAGGACAAUGGCAACAACAACAAAGAGGAUGAAAUUGACAUGACGUUUCAGGGUCCCACCCUACCUGUUACCUGUGGAUCUCUAUUUGGCAUUCUACACAAAAGACGCUUUGCCACAGGGUUUUGUGGGAAAUGCAUAAGAAUUGAGGAUUUCUGGCUGACCCCUGAAGAAUUCGUCAGAUUGAGCAAACAAGAUGGAGCAUGGAAAAAAGACAUCGUGACCCAUGGAAGGCCGCUCGGAAAACUUAUAAUGGAAAAGGUUUUGGAACUACAUGCACUGAACUGUGAAUGUGAUGUCUGUCUAAAACUGGAUCAAGACACAAAUGAUGAUGUGUGUAACAUGUGUGACUCUGAAGAAGAUCUGGUGUGCUGUGAUGAGUGUCCACGAGCUUUUCAUCCACACUGUCACCUGCCAGCUGUAGACGAAGACUCCGGAGGUCAAUGGUGCUGUACAUUUUGCAGGAUGAAGAAAGUUAAGGGGUCUACUCAAAAGACACGGCAGGAUGUUUUGAACAGUCCACUUUCUCAAUACAGACUGCACUGCCAGUAUCUGCUGUUACACCUGCUACACGAAGUUUCUGUCAAUAAGGACAUGUGUGAAACUCAUGACGUGAAGCAGAAUUUGCAGAAUGACACUUAUCAAACAGUGGGAGAGUUUGUCACAGAUAUUGAACACAUUUUUCAACAUUGCACAUCCGUAGGGGAUGAUGACUUGAGUAGAAUGCAGCGUUUGUUUAAGAGGGAGUUUGAAACCAUCUUUAAGCCACUAUAACAUUACGCCAUAACCAACGUUUCUGUUGUUAGAACUAAAGGGAAGUGUUUUAUUUGUUGUACAGAAAAAAAGAUAGUAAACAUAUUUAGUUAAUGAUAAAAGGGUAAUGUAUUAUUAUAAGCGUUUGCCAAAUCUUUAUAAAAUAAAUGCCUUACAAAAUAAUAAAUCAAUAAACAAAAUUUAAUGGGGAAAAAGUCGCAAUUGUAGGGUAGUUUGUGUUUUCUCAUGCAAGCAAAAUAAAUAUUGAAAGUCACUGAAGACAUAUAGGCUAAAUAUUUUAGGCUAAAAUUAAUUUUGGCCCCAGGGCCAUGCAGUUACCUCCCAGUGUGUGAAAAUAUACCUGGCAAUAAAUAAAAAAGAGGUUUGUAGGCAUACAUUGUAAAAAAAGAGUUGCUGCUCAAAAUGUGUCAGUCGAAUCAAAUCAACUGACUAAACUGUCAAUAUUGGUCAUAUAUUUUGUUGUUGUUGUUGUUGUUUAUGAGUUUGAUUGAGAUACUCUGUUUUAGUGUUGGAAAAUCCGUCUUUUUGUCAGCAGCGAUGUUUAAACCCAAAUUAUUUAAAAACUCGUAUUGACUCGGAGAAGAAGCCUUCAUCAGACUUGCAGCUCAAUAUAUGCGUGUGGCAGCUCAAAAGCCGGUAGGGGUUAUGUAGUUUUUGUUGUUGUUAGUUAGUAAAAAAACUGCUCAGCAGUUCCAAACGUCUUCUACCUGUAGUCAAAGAACUUUAGGCACAGUAAGAUUGUUGCUUUCGCUGAUAAUAUUUUGCUAAAUUAUAGCCUAAAUAUUAACUACUAAAUAAUAAAAUUCCUAUAAUAAUGUAUUUUUCCUUUUUAAAAGUGGAAUGAAAUGUAUUACAAUUAUACAUUUAUCAGAUUAUUCUUCAACAACUAUUAAUGCUUUUUUGCGUCUGCUACAGGAUCUAGCCUACUUGGCGUAAAACGUAAAUAAACAUUUAUUUGAUAGAUUUGUAGGGCAAACUAUCAUGUCGCCUUUUCAAAUAUGGAGGGUAUCAUCUGCCUUAGGACAUAAUGCAGGGCUAUUCAAUUAGUUUGUCAUGGGGGCCAGUUCAUGAAAAGCAUCCCAAAUGAGGGGCCGGAGAGAUAUGGCUUGCAAUACGAGGGAUGACACAACAACAAUAAGAAAUCCGAUUUAUUUUUUCCCAAAUUCCGUUUUUUCUGUUUACAUUUUUCUGGAUUCUGUUUUCCGUCCUUUACUAUACAAUAUAUUUGCCAACAUGAAAAAAAUACUUCAGUAUACUAC